AUGGACUCUUCUGCAGCCAAAAUGACGCUUCAGGGAAUGUCCAUUCAACAGGCAGCCGUUGAUUUUGGUAAUGGUCAAACACUUCCGUUUACACCCUGUAAACGUGGAUAUAUUCCCAUCGUAAAUGGACAAAGAAUGUAUGCAUGUUCCUUUCAUGACAAGGCGAGAGCUAAACGACUUUCCAAAGACAACGAAGUCUUUCGGGAUGGGGAAGUUGACUUGAAUAUCUUUUGGGAUGCUAAGGAGGAGGCAGAUUCUGAACAGAUAGAAGACAAAGUUGAAGAAGAAGUAAAGAAGGAGGAUGUGAAAGAUAGCAUCGGCACCAAGGGUCGUAUAUAG